GAAGCCACGGCCGGGUCGGUGCUGGGAAGCCCUAGGGCUGGGUGCCCGGCCCCAGGCCAGCAGGCAAGGGGGGCAUAUGCGUCACCAUCAUCCGCCCCCCUCCGCCCCUUGCCCGCCCAAACUCCACCCCAAGGGAAGGCGGCGCGGAUAAAGGCUCAGGGGCCGUCUGCCUGUCCCCAGACCGGCAGGGCCACCUCACUGCAGCCCGCACGCACGCAGGUCAUCCUGAGCAGAGGUGACCCAGGACCUGCGGCUCCGGAUCUUGCGAGCGGCGGCUGCGGCUGUUGCUAAGGCAGGGGACGCGAGGGGUAGCACGACCCGAGAGGAAUCCAGGCACCGUGCGGACCGGGAUAGCUCGCCCCUCUUCCGUGGGACCCUCCCUGCGCCGUGCCCAGGUCGCCGUCCUCCGCCCUUGAAGGAAUCGGAUCCCAGACCCCACCCUGGGGCGCAACCCAAGGAUCCCACGCGACCCCGGAGCACCACUCGGAUUUUUGCCUGCCGGCUUGGUUGCUAACGUAGAAGACCUUCCCUAAGGGGCGCACGCACUGCCGUCCCUGAGCGCCCGCAGAGCGGAGGAGGACCUCGUUCCGGCGGGAGAGUCCCAGCGAGGAUUGGAGGCGACCCGCGGACCCCAGGCCUCCUGCGCUCGCCGGGGAUGGAGCCGCAGCCCGGCGGUGCCCGGAGCUGCCGGCGCGGGGCCCCCGGCGGCGCCUGCGAGCUGAGCACUGCUUCAGAGUCGGCCGCACCCAUGACCCUGGCCAUCCACAGCACCACGGGGACUCGCUACGACCUGUCGGUGCCCCACGACGAGACCGUGGAAGGGCUGCGCAAAAGGCUGUCCCAGCGCCUCAAAGUACCCAAGGAGCGCCUGGCUCUGCUUCACAAAGACACCCGCCUCAGUUCGGGGAAGCUGCAGGAAUUCGGCGUGGGGGAUGGGAGCAAGUUGACGCUCGUGCCCACGGUGGAAGCCGGUCUCAUGUCCCAGGCCUCCAGGCCGGAGCAGUCCGUUAUGCAAGCUCUGGAAAGUUUGACCGAGACACAGCCCCCAGCGACACCCGGGCCAGGCCGGGCUGCCGGAGGAGGCUUCCGGAAAUACAGAUUGAUUUUAUUUAAGCGUCCGUGGCACCGACAGGGACCCCAGAGCCCAGAGAGGGGCGGCGAGAGGCCCCAGGUCAGUGACUUUCUGUCGGGCCGCUCACCUCUGACCCUGGCCCUUCGAGUCGGGGACCACAUGAUGUUUGUGCAGUUGCAACUGGCCGCGCAGCACGCUCCGCUCCAGCACCGCCACGUGCUCACAGCCGCCGCGGCCACCGCCGCCAGCACCCGGGGAGAUUCCAGUGUGGCCGCCCCGGUGUCCUCGCCCUGUAGGCCAGUGUCCAGUGCCGCCCGCGUCCCCCCAGUGCCCAGCAGCCCGUCGCCUGUGUCCCCCUCACCCGUCACCGCUGGCUCCUUCCGAUCCCACGCAGCAGCCUCCACAGCCUGUCCCGAGCAGCAGAUGGACUGUUCCCCACCAGCCAGCAGCAAUGCCACCCCUCGCUCCCGCAAACCCGGUGCCGUCAUCGAGAGCUUCGUGAAUCAUGCUCCUGGGGUCUUCUCAGGCACCUUCUCUGGCACGCUGCACCCCAACUGCCAGGACAGCAGUGGGCGGCCGCGGCGGGACAUCGGCACCAUUCUCCAGAUACUCAAUGACCUCCUCAGUGCCACACGGCACUACCAGGGCAUGCCACCCUCGCUGACCCAGCUCCGCUGCCACGCCCAGUGCUCACCUGCCUCACCGGCCCCCGACCUCACCCCCAAAACUACCUCCUGUGAAAAGUUGGCAGCCACAGCCCCCACCUCCCUGCUCCAGGGCCAGAGCCAGAUCCGAAUGUGCAAACCCCCUGGAGACCGUCUGCGGCAGACGGAGAACCGCGCCACGCGCUGCAAAGUGGAGCGCCUCCAGCUGCUACUGCAGCAGAAGCGCCUGCGGAGGAAGGCCCGGCGGGACGCGCGGGGUCCCUACCACUGGACCCCCAGCCGUAAAGCUGGCCGCAGUGACAGCAGCAGCAGCGGCGGGGGCGGGGGCGGCCCUGGCGAGGCUGGCGGCUUGGGCCUCGACUUUGAGGACUCUGUCUGGAAGCCUGAAGUUAACCCGGAUAUUCAGUCCGAGUUUGUGAUGGCUUAAAGGAUCCAGCCCCCUUGGGUGUGACAUCCCCACCCCAGACACGGGGCGGGUGGGGCGCCGCAGCCUGGACGCUGAGUAGCCCAGCUCUGGGGGGGCAGGAGGUCGCCUCCACUGCCACUCACCAGCCUUUCUGAUCCUUUUCUAGCUCUUCCCCAUUGUCUGCCCCGCAUCCCUGGUCACAUGCCUAUCUCUUUCCUUCCGCACCGUGGUCGGCUCCCGGCUCCGGGGGCCUCUGUGCCAGGGCCCUUCCUACCCCCCUUCUCCAGCUCCAAAUAUGUAGCAGUCUGUUCCCAGAUGGCCCAGACGGAGGAAGCCACCCACCCCCAGCCCUUCCGUUCUGCCUCGCUCCCCCACCCCCUCCAUAACCCGAUUCAGGUUUUUGACUCAAAAUGUAGAUUCUCCAAGAAGCACUUUACAGAUGAGGGUUGGGGACCCUGGGAUGAGUGUGUCCACCCCCACCCCUGUCUGCAGACUUGGCCUCCAUUCCAGGCCAGCUGGAUCCCCCACCCCGCCCACCCUGAGAAACUAACAGAAUGGUCUCACAGGGGAAUCCCUUGUCCACAGUUCCCAUUCAGCUCCCCCUUACCCCUCAGCCUGCGGCCCACACCGCUGCCUGGCUGGCCCUGCCCUUGCCAUGAAAGGCUAGCUGGAUGGAGAACGCUGAGGCAGGUGGCUGUUGGUCAGCUGGGGAUGCCCCUCUUCCUCACAGGAAAGGACAGGCCUCAGGCCACCUCCAUAGAUCAACUCCACUGCCCCUGCCUCCCACAUACCCACCUAUCUCCCUACCCUUCGCAGCGGAGCUUGGGGGACUAUUUAUAGAUUUCGUUUUUCUGACUGAGCCACGAGUGGUUGCUGUUCUCUAGGGGGGGGAAGCUGGGGUAGGUGGUGGCGGGCAGAGAGACACCUCUGUACCUCUUCUCCCAUGCCCAGCUUAAGGGGCCAGCUUCUCCGCGGCAAGGAUGGGGCCUGGGGUGCUGGGACUGCACCACCCCACCUGGGGGGGUAAGCUGCUGGUCCGCACUGGCCUCGCUGGUCCACGGUGACAGCCCUCCCCUCGAACUGGGGCCUUUUCACCAAGGGUGAAUCCUGUGGGUUUUUUUUCCUCCACUUUUUUAGAUUCUGUGCUAGUGGGAUCUGUUCCCACCCCAACAUCUGUCCUUGGCUCCUUUGUUCCAGUCUGUGAACCCCAGGUCCCCCUCCCCCGUGUUUGACCUUAAUGGUUUGGGGUGCGAACGAGUGUUGACUGUAGCUGUAAAGUUUUUUGGGGGUGUGGGGAGGGGGGAAGGGAUUGAUCCUGGAGGGUAGAGGCCGAGAUUUUGGUUUGGUUUAUUUUUUUCAAUCUUUUUUUCCAAAAAGAAAAGGGAGGGGGGGUUAAGUGGGUGCAUUUUUUAAGCUGUCUUGGAUACCUAUUUAAAUGUGUGUUUUUUGGGUUUUUUAUGAUUUUUUUUAACUUCCUGUGAUGUGUGCCCUGGGCUAAGGGUGGGGGCCUCAGGCAGGAGUCCACCCAUAGUCCCUCCUUCCACUGACACUUUCCCCAGAUAGCAUUAGCCACCCUCGGGGAGAGAAAUUGGCUGUGGGGGAUCCGCCUCGCCCAAGUAUCAUUUUAUUGAAAUGAAAUUUGAAGGGAGGGGAACCUUACACAAGCACCUAAUUUCAAAUAAACGAAAGACGUGAACUUGA